AUGAUGCCGGAGGGUCUCAAGAACGCAGAAAUUAAAGGAUUGUGGGACAGAGCAAGCGAUAUGGCGGCAUUACCAGGUAAGUGCUCGCCAGGAGGGGGUGAUAGUGAAAGUGGUGGAGCAGGUGAGGAAGUGAUGAACCAGCUCCUGGAAACCUUUGGGUCGGACAGCACCAAGAUCGCCCUGCUAGACACUGGCUAUUGUCGAAAAGGUCGCCAUGGACUUGGCCUCAUCACCAGCAGCAACAAACUUCACGAAGCCUGCCAGAAGAUCCUCAAGAAAGAAGAAGACACCUUCAAGAAUCAACGCUUCCAGUUCCUACACUACCUGGUCCGACUGGGUUAUUCGACUGAAUUUGUGGAAGAUUACGUUGAACGAGGUCUGAUGCCCCGCAUCAUCAAGGAAACCUAUGUCAACUUCUUGGCCCUUCUCAACAAGAUCCGCCACAAAGAUAUGGGCUCGGAUGAAGCCUGGGAAGACUCGGAAGCCUACGUCAUACUCCAGGUCCACUCGGAGAAUCUCCUGGACAUCCGCACAAACUCCAACAGCAAGAAGAUGUUGCUCCUCCAAAACUACAUCUACCUACGCGACGCCCGCAAGAAGGACUUUGGCAGCAACACCAUCACUGAAAAGAACAUUGGAAGGGUCGACAAGAUGAAUCAGAAGCUCCAAAGGGAGUUGGAAUCUCUUCGGGCGGCCAAGGGUCGAGGAGGCCGGGAACCUACCAAGGACAAGGACAAGGAAGGAGAUUCGACCCUCAAAAAGUGUUCUCAAUGCAAGAGUCGAACCCUGCACACUGCCUUGAAACUGGAACACAACAAGACUGUUUGCCCCCUGGCAGGGCAUGCCGGCUCAUGGGCCAAGGUUGCGGCAGAACAAGUGGCCACUGCCGUCUUAGCCAACAAAGAGCGCCCAGUUGGAGAUAUUAUCAAGGAAGUCUCAGACAACUGGCCCAAGAAAUCCUAA